AUGGGCUUCGAAGACAAGCGAGUUGCCAUCGUUGGCGGCGGCCUAGGAGGCAUGUCCUUUCUCAAUGCCGCACUGUAUGCCGGCCUAAAGAACGUGCAACUAUACGAGCAAGCAGCGCAGUUUGGUGAAGUCGGCGCCGGCAUAAACAUCACCUCGAACGCAAACCGCAUCUUGGAUGCCUUUGGUCUUCAAGAGAGCAUGAUGCGCAAGUCCUCACGCAAGCUCCCCAGUUACAUGGAAUAUCACAACUAUAAGACUGGAGCCUACAUAGGUCACAUUGAUGAAUUCUCGCAGCCCCACGCGCGCCUUCUGCACCGUGCGCACCUACUAGACUCACUGAAGGAGCGUGUGCCCGAGUCAAGCCUGAACUUAGGCAAGCACCUGCUAUCCGUUGACCGCAAUGCUGCCUCUUGUUCUGCACCGUACACCCUUCAUUUCCAGGAUGGCAGCACCGCCGAGGCAGACAUUGUGAUCGGCUGUGAUGGUAUCAAGUCUAAUGUGCGCCGGGAUAUGGGGCUGGGAGAUGACCCCAACUACUCUGGCCAGGUGGUUUACCGUGGAUUCGUCGACUAUAAGGACUUACCCACCGAGACGGCGCAGCUACUGCGGAAGACUGUUAACUUUCGUGGACCUAGGCGCCAUGUCCUAAUUUUGCCUAUCGGUAACCAGGAGACGGGGACCGACCGUGCUGCCGUGAUCGGUUUUAUGUCUGAGCCGCUUGAGGCAUGGGACUCUGAGAGCUGGAUGUCCCGCUCGGAUAUUGAUAGUCUCCAGGAACAUGUCCGUGACUGGUGUCCGGAGGUGCAGCAUAUCAUUGCUGGGCUUCGCAAGAGCUCAGAGGACGGCAAGAUGCUUAAACAGGCACUCUACGUGCGUGACCCGAUCGAAAAGUGGUAUGAGAUGAAGAGUGGGCAGAAGGAUGCUGGUAUCAUUCUGCUUGGUGACUCGGCGCACUCGACUCUUCCCCAUCAAGGUCAAGGAACAUGCAUGGCAAUUGAAUCCGGAAUUGCCCUUGCAACGGUGCUUAGACACUGGAACACAGACGACCUAGAGGCUGCAUUCAAGUUCUACCAGGACUUACGCAAGCCCCGCACAGACCAGGUCACAAAGACCAGCUACGAAGCUGGGAAGCUGGCUAGCUCAGACUCUCCCGACCAGAUGUCUGACAACUUUAACCCGGAUGCAUUGACGGAGCGCAUGAAAUGGAUUAUGGAGUACAACGUUCUAGAAGACUUGAAGGUCAAGGGUCCAACAGAUUACUUUAAUCACCGCGACCAUGAGACCCCAGCCGGUACCCGCACACCACCAGCAUCAUCCUAUCUAUCCAGCGUCUCAGUCCCAAGCACGCCACCGAUCCUCUCCCACUCGCGGAGCAACUCGCGAAGCCGCCACCACACGCGUAGCAAAACCUCUACAUGGGCAGGGCCCUUAAGCGACAUGAACCUGCACAAGCGGGAGCUAAGCCAUGCCCUCCACCACGUGCAAGACACGCACAAGAAACAUCCCAGCAUCUCUCAAUCGCAAGGACGACGCCCCCUGCCGGACAACACGCCUAAAUCUAAAUCCGACGCAGAAUGGAUGCUCCGUGCAGGCAUUGCCCUAGCUUCCUCAACCCGCGAGGAAAAGGGCCAAAGCUGGCUCUCUAAGCGCGAGAGCUCAACAAACCUCACGCCCUUCGAUGAGACUUCCACUAACCGCCACCACCGCCGCACCAAAUCAGGUGCCUCAUGGCGUCACUCUCGCAGCGGCGCAUCAACCCCAGGCGGAGCUGGUGCUCUCUCCCGUCGCGCGUCCCGCUCUCGCGCCGGCUCCCGUGUCGGCAGUAGACGCGGUAGUAGAGUCGAUCUAACCAUGACCGCCCUCCCGGCGGUAUCAAGUACCUCAACGACAGGAGAGAAUGUAUCCACCGGCUCCGGGACGAAUACAGGGACCGUGACACGCACGGCGAGUCCCGAAGCACGCGGCCGUAGUCCGCUAGUGCCUGACUUCGUGGACGCGCACCUCCGCGCAGAGAUGGCGUCGCUAGAGCAUCACGAGCGGGGAUUAGAUGAGGACUCUUUGUAUUGGGAUGGGGCUGGCUCGGACGAAGAUGAGACUUCGUCUGAAUACUCGUAUAGCUCUGACGAGAUGCCGGAUGAUUUCGAUGAGGCGGAUCUGCAGCAGCUGACGCGUGAGCGUGGGUUCGGGCUCGGCUCUUGGAUUGAUCGGUUGGUGGAGUGGACGCUUUUCGGGGUUGAGGAGUGGCCUGUGGCGCCUGCUGCGGCUGCUUCGCGUAUUGGUGAGACGGAUACUACUACUACUGUUACAUUUGAGGAGCCUGGUUUGGUGGCUGGGCGGGAUGACGAUAUGCUUUCGCUUGGUUCGGUUGGAGAUGGGGAUUUGUCUGAUGGGGAUUCUUCUCGUGAUGGGGAUAGUGCUACUGGCAGCGCUGCUCCUAUUGAGAAGCCUGGGAAUCAGGGUGGGUGGGAGGAUGCUGAGUGGUUGUUCCGUUUGAUGAAGCGGGCGUUGGUAUGA